AGAGUAGUGGAGAGCGGAGGGAAAGACCGGCAGAGAAUCGUCAGGCUUUGGCUUUGCAAUGCAUAUAGAGAGAGAGUUCUCGGGCCGCAAUGUGAAUCCAAGGAAAAGGGGACAUGAAUGCACGAAUCGUCAAGUGUUUGUCCAAUUCGACAAAUACCAACCGGCACGCUGCAAAUGACCACUGUCUUCUACAAAGGUCUAAUGGGCGAAAAAGAAAAGUCGUCCGAGAGAGAGAGAGAAAAAGAGAACCAACCCGUCUUCAAGGCCAGGCAGCACGGAAGUAUGCAGUAGAAAAGGAAGAAAAAAGAAGAAUAGAAAAAAAGAGAAAAAGAAAAAAAAAAGAAACGCCGUUCAAAAUGCAACGAGUUUAAAGGAAGUGCGUGUAGAUCUUGGAGGUUUCAUGGACUUCCAUUUCCUACAAUAGAAAAAAAGGGGUCAAUAUACAGAGAUCCAAAGGAAAGAGAGAGA